UCACCCGACUUGUUUCGUCAACAUCGGACUUUUAGUUCCUCCGCUAUGUAUCUCUCAAAGAUACCUGAAGAGUGAAGAUAGAUACAAAUCUUUCACUAUAAUACAAUAUAUAUUUUCUCAUACUGAUUCUGUUUGCAAAGCUAUAUAUCCUUGGUGAGCAGCAGAACCUGAUUUGCUUGGGGAGAAAUGGCUUCUUCUUCUUCUGCUCAGUCUAGAAUCUCGAAUCUCCAGAAUCAUCUUUCACCUCUUGACGCAAACACCAAGCUCAGGAGUCUGGUUAAGAUAUCUCCACAAGUAUCUGAAGCAUUAUCCAAUGGGCGCGCUGUGGUCGCUCUUGAGUCAACCAUUAUCUCCCAUGGGAUGCCUUACCCUCAAAAUCUGCAAACAGCAAAAGAGGUAGAGUCAAUUGUGAGAGAAAAUGGAGCAAUCCCUGCAACUAUAGCUAUCCUGAAUGGAGUACCUUGCAUAGGUUUGAACGAAGAAGAAUUAGAACGUCUUGCAUCUCUGGGAAAAAGUGUCCAAAAGACAGCAGGCAGAGACAUACCACAUGUUGUGGCUACAAGAGGAAACGGUGCAACUACAGUCUCUGCAACGUUGUUUUUCGCUUCUAUGGUUGGCAUCCAAGUUUUUGUGACGGGCGGGAUAGGAGGUGUGCAUAGGCAUGCUAACCAUACUAUGGACAUAUCAUCUGAUCUUACUGCACUUGGAAGAACCCCUAUAGCAGUGAUAUCAGCAGGCGUUAAAUCAAUACUUGAUAUUCCAAAGACUCUUGAAUAUCUGGAAACUCAAGAGGUGUUUGUUGCUGCAUACAAGAGCGAUGAGUUUCCAGCAUUUUUCACAGAAAAAAGCGGCUGUAAGGCACCUUCCCGUGUAGAUAGUCCUGAAGACUGUGCUCGAGUAAUAGAUGCAAACAUGAAGCUGAAUCGUCAGGCAGGGAUUCUAUUUGCUGUUCCAAUUCCGAAACAGCAUUCAGCCGCCGGAAAUCUUAUCGAAUCAGCAACACAGCGUGCUCUUACUGAAGCAAGGGAACAAAACGUUACUGGAAAUGCAGAAACUCCGUUCUUACUUGCACGGGUUAAUGAAUUAACUGGAGGCACUUCACUUGCCGCAAACAUUGCGCUUGUGAAAAACAAUGCCCUUAUUGGUUCACAGAUUGCAGUAGCCCUUUCUCAGCUGAUGUGAGCUUCCUUAUCAAUCUCAAGCUGAAGCUCAAGCUCAGAUUCAGGACUUCUCGAAGAUGUUUUGCAUUGGUAGUUCUUAAGUGUUUUUAUGUUGGUUAUCAAUGAUUUUUUCUUUAGCUCAAGAAACUCUUAAACCUAUUUUCACAUGUUAUAUAUAUAUAAAUAUCUCUUGUGGAGCC